AUGGUAUUGUAUAUUUCCUCAAGGGGUAAUCAAAUAAAUGACUACAUUAUAACUAGAUCAGUAAGUUCCAACAGAGAUUACGUCAACGGUGUCAAAAAGGACGAUCCGAAGUAUAGAAGUGAAGGCAACGGUUACGAUAUUCGUAACGGUCUGGAAGUCUGUAACGGAGUGGAUCUUGAGACUGAAACAAAUCCUAAUAGCGGCAUCCUCACUAACAAAGGCAUCUCCCCCACAGGGAAUUGCAUCGACACUGGGAAAAACCAAAGAGACAUCGAGCGCCACUUUUUUAAUCUUAAAUAUGAUAUAAAUAACUCGGUUGACUUUGGUUUGUACAUAAAAUUAAAAGACAUUAACAGCUUGUCAAACGACAACAUCCACGAAAUUAAUGAACUGCUAAAGAAGGAGAAACAGAAGGAUAUUGAAAAAGAGAGAGAAAGGCGAUCCAGUGCUGAUUCCAAGGAUUCAAAUUACAACAACAAACAGGAGUACCACGAGACACAUAGCGAGAAGGAAGAGGCACAGCAGCAACAACACCAGACAAAACCAUCUGCUGUAUCGGAGGAGUUGCUACUUCAAUAUCAUCGCGAUCUCCAACAGCAACACCAGAAACGGAAGGAAAAGAGACAGAUACGACUGCAACGACAGCAGACAGGGGAGGACGAUCAGGAGGAAUCCAUUUACGUGAGGAAGUACAAUAAAAGAAGGGAAAAAAAAAUCGAACCCGAGACGCAGUGGAGCGACUCACGCGCGGGGAGUAACGAUCAAUGUGGUAAUAGCGCCAUAUCGGAAAGUAGUGGCGUGCGCGACAACAACAGCGUAAUUGAAGAUAGUAACCUGCGUGGUAGUAGCGGCCAACGUGAAAGCUGCAACCCACGUGAGAACAUUGGGCUGCGGCACAGCUCAUGCAUGCGGAACAUCGAUUACAGCCUUUGGAACAGAACAGGAGAGCGCACCCUAAAUCAAGCGCUGAUACAAACAGAAGUUACAACUGAAAAGGAAAAGAGAAAAUACAACAAAAUGAAUAACAACACCGACGUUCUUGUUAAUACCGGAAGUAAUAACACCUGUGGAGUUAGAAGUGGAGGAAACAUUAGGGGGGCUGGGAGCAUGCGAGGCAGCAGCGGGAGAGGUGGUGGCAUGAGGGGAAGCGGCAUGCGAGGAAGUGGAGUCAGAGGUGGCGGAAUUAGAAGUAGUAGUAUCCGAGGCAACGGCGUCAGGAGUAGUAGCAUCAGAAGUAAUAACGGAAGAAUUGGUGGAAUCAAAAACGGAAAUAAUGCCAACCACAAAGGUAACAACAAUGAGUACUACUCCAGUUACAACUACGGAUAUGCUUAUGAGGAUGGCAGACAACAAAGUGAACUCCUAAUUGGAGAAGAAAAUGCCAACAUGAAAAAACAAUACAACAAUGUAAUUAACGAAUUUGAUCACAUCGAAAUUGUAAAUAACAUGUCUGAUGAUGAGAAGAACGAACAAAUAGAGGAACAGAUAAAAGAACUGGAGCAGAUGGACGUUUUAGAAAGGCGCAGGGACGCCAGGCCAAAUGAUGGUUCCUUAGAAUCAGUGGAGAACGAUGAAGAGAAAUUUAAAAAUAUCGAAGGAGAUGAUGGAGCCGAAUCAGUAACAAUGUCGCAAACAGGAGGAGUCGUCGAUAGAGCACGCUUAACUAAUCCUGAAAGCCACUCCUACGAUCAGUAUACCCAACACAGUAUGCUCAAACAUGUGAAUGGGAACCACCAUCACAUGAAUCAAGACAUCAUCCAAGACCGCAUGGAAGUAAUAAACGAAUUAAGCACAUCAAAGUUGUGCCAAGCCAAUUCGGAAAAUGCCAAUGGGGAGGAUCCCAAACGAUUUGACGACGACAAUACAUUCAAAAUGGCGUACGAAUGUAAUAACGGCAUUGGUAAUGACGAUAUGGGUAAUAAUGGGCAUAUAAGUAACGACGCCAAUGUUAACAAUGCUUACAACCAUACCCCCAACGAUACGACCAACGUUAAGGGAGGAAGGAUGCUAAGAAAUCUCCACAAGAACAAUCUUCAUGUUGAUCACAGACAAGGAGUUCACAGGGUGUCCAAGAAAUACGGCGCUGAAAUGGAUGGAGCAAAUAAUGUGGUAGUACAUCGAAAGAGGAGGAGAAAAAAUUUGGACGACAGCAGCAGGUAUGUAGAAAAUGAAGGCAUUAACGGAAUGAUCUCGGGGGAUACAGACAGGUAUUCCUUCACCAAUGUUAAAUCUGAGAGCGCUCACUUAGGAAUGACCCCCCAUAAUGACUUUGCAAGUGCUGAGGCGAAGCAUAUUAAUAAUGAUUUUGGUAUGUCUCGUAAUGAGUGCAAUGGGGGAAUUAAGCAGGAUGAAGGUGACAACGAGGAGCAACACUCUACGAAUAGGUUUGGUGUUAACAGGUUUGAGAGAAUUAACGAUCACAGCAGCCGUAGGGGACGUGCUGCCUACAUGGCGAGAAAUGGUUUCACGGGUGUAAGUAACUUCAGAGGGCACUCCCCUUCAAUGGCAGAUGGAAACUGCAAGCCCGAAGAGCGAAAUUCAAAAAGACGCGAACGUUACAAUGCACAAAAUAACAACGAGUAUGAAACGUACUAUGACAAUGACACUGGAGAAAAUAACCACAAAAGAGCAGCACAAGGAAUGGUGGGUAACAACCUGGACGAGGCAGACGAUGAGAUAAAUGGCUUGAACAACUCCACUCUCCAGUCAAAAGUAUGUGCAAAACCAGGUGAAGCACCGUCAUUUGGACAUGCAAGAGGUGGAAUUAAAAUGAAGGUCCAUCGAAAUAAGAAAAAAGGAAGAGCAUUCCAUAGGAUGCAUGCAAAUAUGAAUAUCAUAAAAGGCAUGAACAAAAAUAGCGAAUCGAAAUUUGGUCAUUCAACAAAUGCAACUAUGCGCCACUCACAAAAUCUGGAGAAGAAAGAGUUUUACAGAAAUGAGCACAAUCUGGAGCAUGUAGUCCAUGACAAAGUAAGGGGUUCGCCGGGUUCGCACUUCAAUGGGCACAGUAAUGCGAAGGACGACUAUGCAGACAGCAACGACAAUGACUACAUGAAUAACGAGAGCAGCUCCCACAACUACGGGGGUCGAUACAAUGAUGAUGAUUACUACGAUGACAACGACGGUGAGCACAAGAAGCGGAAAAAGCGAGUUACGGAGGAAGGCUCCAAGGAGAGCAGCAAAAUCAACGUAGGGAACAAAUACCAAGUGCCCAAGCUGCCGAACUUCUUUCUGUGCCGCUCAGAACUAAUGUACAGAAACUACGAAGCGGUGGAGGAAACAAAUAACGAUCAAGUUUGUCUGACAUGUUCAGGCCUUCCUUGCCAUUGCCGAGUAGGAGAAGCCACGUUAGUAUAUUCACCAUUAAUGCUAGAAAGGGUACGAGAUAAAUGUAUGAAAAAUAGAGGCUACCACAAAUGCGUAAAAAAUGAAAUCGAGUUAUCUGCAUAUGUUCAAGAGUGUGCAAAAAGCUGGAAGUCAAAUAUAGACGACUGGGUCCCUUUUUCACCUGAGUAUGCAUAUAAAUUAUUGCAUUAUGCAAAUUACGAUCCACAUAAAGCUAUCAGCAUUAUGAAGUCCUCGGAGUUUUCUUUUCGAAAAAUUAUGGACCCUCCGACGAGGAAAUAUCAGAACAAAUGGAAGCCAAAGGAUAAGCGGGAGCAUAUUUCCAAGAACCCCUUCCCGUCUCCCCUAACCAUACGGACUUACCUCUCCAAGAGGCACCACAUUAGUGGCUACCACUUGAGAUAA